CCGAGCCCCAGGCGCUGCGGCGACGCCGGGAUCCUGCCUCCACCAGGCCGAUCCCAGAGAUGAGACUGAGGUUUCUUGGUUCUUAAACUCAGAGCUGUCAGGGCGUGGUAAAGACACCCUGGUCAGCGGUGACGAGGACUCCAGUGCCCGAACUGCAGCUCGCCCGGCCCUUGCACAGUGCCGAGCCCUCAGCGUGGACUGGGCAGGCCCUGGGAGUCCCCACAGACUCUACCUGACUGUGCAGCAGGCCCUGCAGGACAAGGGGUGCGAGAGCAAGAGUCAGGGGACGAAAGAAGACAAACUCCUGAAGAGGCAGGCGCUGGCCCCCAGGCGGGACCGGGAGGCCCCAGAAGCUGGUGGCAGCAUGAAUGUAGAGAAAACAGGUGGGCGGCUCUUUGGCAGCGGGAGGUGCUCAAGCCUGUCGGGGUCGCCAGGUGCAGCCCCCGUGGUGCAUAGGAUGGUGGAGGCCAUGUCCCAGCUUCAGGACGAGAAAACCCAGCUUCAGGAGGAGCUGGAGGUCUUGCGGGAGAGGCUGGCUCUCCGCAACAGUGACCAGCAAGCCACAUCCACCCAGCUGCAGCACCAGGUGGAGAAUCUGAAGGAGAAGCUCAUUAGCCAGGCCCAGGAAGUGAGCCGACUGCGAUCUGAGCUGGGAGGCACAGACUUGGAGAAGCACCGGGACCGGCUGAUGGUGGAGAAUGAGCGGCUGAGACAGGAGCUGCGGCACUGUGAGGCCGAACUGCAGGAGUUGCGGGCACAGCCAGCAGCGCCCUGCGUGGGCUGUGAGCACAGCCAGGAGAGCACCCAGCUCCGCGACAAGCUGUCCCAGCUGCAGCUGGAGGUGGCAGAGAACAAAGGCAUGCUGUCGGAGCUGAACCUGGAGGUGCAGCAGAAGACCGACCGGCUGGCUGAGGUGGAGCUGCGGCUCAAAGACUGCCUGGCUGAGAAGGCACAGGAGGAGGAGCGACUCAGCCGGCGUCUGCGUGACAGCCACGAGACCAUUGCCAGCCUGCGGGCCCAGUCCCCACCAGUCAAGUACGUCAUCAAGACAGUGGAAGUGGAGUCAUCCAAAACCAAACAGGCCCUCAGCGAGUCCCAGGCCCGGAACCAGCACCUGCAGGAGCAGGUGGCCAUGCAGCGGCAGGUGCUGAAGGAGAUGGAGCAGCAGCUGCAGAGCUCGCAUCAGCUGACAGUGCAGCUCCGGGCUCAGAUUGCCAUGUACGAGGCAGAGCUGGAGCGGGCACAUGGGCAGAUGCUGGAGGAGAUGCAGUCCCUGGAGGAGGACAAGAACCGGGCCAUCGAGGAGGCCUUUGCCCGAGCCCAGGUGGAGAUGAAGGCUGUGCAUGAGAACCUGGCAGGUGUCCGGACCAAUCUAUUGACGCUGCAGCCCGCGCUGCGGACCCUCACUAAUGACUACAAUGGGCUCAAGCGGCAGGUGCGAGGUUUCCCUAUGCUGCUGCAGGAGGCUCUCAGGAAUGUCAAGGCCGAGAUCGGCCAAGCCAUCGAGGAGGCGAACAGUAACAAUCAGGAGCUGCUACGCAAGUACCGCCGGGAGCUGCAGCUACGCAAGAAGUGCCACAAUGAGCUCGUUCGGCUGAAAGGAAACAUCCGAGUGAUUGCUCGCGUCCGGCCAGUCACCAAAGAGGAUGGGGAGGGACCUGAGGCAACCAAUGCUGUGAGCUUCGAUCCUGAUGACGACUCCAUCAUCCACCUGUUGCACAAGGGCAAGCCCGUGUCCUUUGAGCUGGACAAGGUAUUUCAGGAGGUGCAGGCCCUGAUCACCUCCUGCAUCGAUGGCUUCAACGUCUGUAUCUUUGCCUAUGGCCAGACGGGCGCCGGCAAGACAUACACAAUGGAGGGGACACCGGAGAACCCUGGCAUCAACCAGCGGGCCCUGCAGCUGCUCUUCUCUGAGGUGCAGGAAAAGGCGUCUGACUGGCAGUACACCAUGACCGUCAGUGCCGCUGAGAUCUACAACGAGGUCCUCAGGGACCUCCUUGGGAAAGACCCUCAGGAGAAGCUGGAGAUCCGGCUGUGCCCAGAUGGCAGUGGGCAGCUGUAUGUGCCAGGACUGACUGAGUUCCAGGUGCAGAGCGUGGACGACAUCAACAAGGUCUUUGAGUUCGGCCACACCAACCGCACCACGGAGUUCACCAACCUGAACGAGCACAGCUCCCGCUCGCAUGCCCUGCUUAUCGUGACAGUGCGAGGCGUGGACUGCAGCACAGGCCUCCGUACCACGGGGAAGCUGAACCUGGUGGACCUGGCUGGUUCAGAGCGUGUGGGCAAGUCGGGGGCUGAGGGCAGCCGCCUGCGGGAAGCACAGCACAUCAACAAGUCCCUGUCAGCCCUGGGUGAUGUCAUUGCUGCUCUGCGCUCCCGCCAGGGCCACGUGCCCUUCCGCAACUCCAAGCUCACCUAUCUGCUACAGGACUCGCUUAGUGGUGACAGCAAGACACUCAUGGUGGUGCAGGUGUCUCCUGUGGAGAAGAACACCAGUGAGACUCUGUACUCCCUCAAGUUUGCUGAGAGGGUGCGCUCAGUGGAGCUGGGUCCGAGCUCUCGUCGCACAGAGCUCGGGUCCUGGUCAAGCCAGGAGCAUCUGGAGUGGGAACCAGCUUGCCAGACACUACAGUCAGCACGAGCCCAUUCAGCCCCCAGCUCUGGGACCAAUAGCCGCCCUGGCUCCAUCCGGAGAAAGCUGCAGCCUUCCGGUGAGUCAGUGGGGAGUGGGCAGAGAGAGGGGUGAG